AUGCUAUGGACAACACUGAUGGUUGUGACAAUGGGUAUUCUGACCACUGUCGGAGAAUUAUUUGGGUUUGCUAGCUAUCAGCUUGACAGAACCAACAUUGCCAGCGCACUCACAGGGAAUUUUGCAACCCUUAUAUCCGUCGACCAAAACGUUAUCAAUCUCGGAAAUCAGCUGAUGUUCCUGGGUGUGAUUGUACUAGAGAUACCGUCAAAUGUUAUUCUACACAAGAUUGGUCCUCGCCAAUGGAUCAGUGCACAAGUCUGUGUAUUCGGAAUAGUAGCAUGUCUACAAAUAUUUGUGCGCAAUAAGUUAGGCUUCCUACUCACUAGAACAUUUUUGGGUCUUGCUGAAGCUGGGUAUAUUCCUGGUGCAAUGUAUACACUUUCUACCUGGUAUACGAAGGAAGCGUUGACAAAACGAAUCGCUAUAUUCUUCUUCGGCAUGUUUGGCGGAACGGCUAUUUCUCCGCUUCUUGGAGCUGCUCUCUUGAAACUGGACGGAAAGUGUGGUCUCUUUGGCUGGCAAUGGAUCUUUCUCGUCGAGGGUCUAUUCUCCGUUGCGGUCUCUAUUAUUUUAUUUUUCUUCCUUCCUGAACAGAAUAAAGUCCCUGUGUCGUCCAAUCAAGAGAACAUUUCGGAGUCCAGAGGGCUUCGCCUAAUGAAGGGACCAUUGGCUCACCCUGGCAAAAAGCAUAUAUCAUUCAGAUUGGUGUGGAAGACAUUGACAGACAUAUGGAAGUGGCCGCAUUUUAUCGCCACAGGCUGUGUCUUCGCUACAUGGAGUCCUCUUACAACAUAUACCCCGAGCAUUUUCAUGGAACUGGGUUUGUCUCGAAUCAAGGCAAACGCAUUUUGUGCAAUCGGCAGUUUGCUCACUCUCCCCGUGAUUCUUUUUUUUUGCGUGGAUGAGCGACAAAUCGAACAAAAGGGGCCUCACCGUCAUGGUUGCCAUCUUCUAAUUCUGAGGAUCAUGAUGCACCGUGUGGAUAAAUGGGGCAAAUUGGGCCUCUGGACAGCAGUCAAUGCUUUGGCUGUGGGUUAUCAUCCAAUUCACAAUUCUUGGAUCCAAAUAAACUGCAAGAGCUCCGAAGAGAGGAACAUAAGCGUUGCGAGGGCUUAUGGCAGGAACCCAGAUAUUCCGGGCGGACGAGUCAGCUACAUUUUAUCCGAGAGGGGUGUCGAUCAUGAUUGGGCUGGUGAUUUUGGGACUAAUUUUUGUUUCCCUACAAAUCUUAAUAUUCUGGAUCCAAAACAGGUGUAUCAAAGCAAAAUCUGGCAGCAGGGUGUUGAACGUUCUAUGACAAAUCAGGGGUAG